AUGCCGCAAUCAGCUUCGUCAGUGGAUUUCUCCAAUCUACUGAAUCCUCAGAAUAGCACGGCUUCUACCCCUUCCACGUCGGUCGACACCACCAACGCCACUUCUAGCCCGUCCAGUGUUCAGUCCAACACAAUGGCUACCUCUGCGAGUUUAUUACCGCCCGUGAUUAAACACAAUGGCGGGCGACCGGGGGGUGAGGAAACCCGCCAGGACCUUCCCCGACCGUACAAGUGUCCUCUUUGCGAGCGUGCCUUCCACCGCCUGGAACACCAGACCAGACACAUCCGCACGCAUACUGGAGAGAAGCCUCAUGCUUGCCAGUUCCCUGGGUGCACAAAACGCUUCAGUCGCUCAGAUGAGCUUACCCGCCACUCGCGUAUUCACAACAACCCCAACUCGAGAAGAGGAAACAAGGCUCAGCAUCUCGCGGCGGCUGCGGCUGCUGCUGCUGCGGGCCAGGACAGCAAUGCGAUGGUCACCAACCCGGGCUCUUUGAUGCCCCCUCCUAGCAAGCCGAUCACUCGAUCUGCCCCUGUCUCUCAGGUCGGAUCGCCCGACAUUUCUCCUCCGCAUUCAUUCUCCAACUACGCGAACCACAUGCGCUCUAACCUCAGCCCUUACUCUCGUACGAGCGACCGGGCGUCAUCUGGCAUGGACAUCAACCUUCUCGCCACAGCUGCCUCCCAAGUGGAGCGUGACGAGACUUUCGGAUUCCGAUCCGGUCAGCGCAACCAUCACAUGUUUGGUCCUCGUCAUGCCAACAGAGGUCUUCCUUCUCUGUCCGCCUACGCCAUCUCGCACAGCAUGAGUCGUUCUCACUCGCACGAGGAAGAGGAUUCGUAUGGGUCACACCGCGUUAAGCGCUCAAGGCCCAACUCGCCCAACUCUACCGCUCCUUCUUCCCCCACAUUCUCACAUGACUCGCUGUCUCCCACUCCCGACCACACACCUCUGGCUACUCCUGCCCACUCUCCGCGGUUGAAGCCCAUGUCUGCCAAUGAACUGCACUUGCCUUCUAUCCGCCAUCUAUCACUCCACCACACCCCGGCUCUUGCGCCCAUGGAGCCUCAGCCUGAUGGUCCCAACUAUUACAGCCCCAGCCAGACUCAUAACGGACCCAGCAUCAGCGAUAUCAUGUCUCGACCGGAGGGUGCGCAGCGAAAACUCCCCAUUCCUCAGAUGCCCAAAGUGGCAGUUCAGGACAUGUUAAAUCCAACCGGGUUUUCAUCAGUCUCUUCCUCAACCGCCAACUCAAUAGCUGGCGGUGACUUGGCUGAGCGCUUCUAA